AUGCAGACGGAGACUGUCUCCUUGGAGGCCCCCGAGAAGGCCUGGGCCCUGGCACUGCAGCAGCAGCUGCAGCAGCCGCUGCAGCAACAGCUGCAGCAGCAGCUGGAGCAGCAGCUGCGGCAGCAGCUGCCCCCACAAGAUGCUGGCAGCAGCUCUCCUUCUGCUGCGCCUCCUACCUGGGAUCUAUGGAAGUUAGCUGCCCCUGUGCCUGCGCUGCAUGAGGGGACAGAAGAAGAGAGAGGAGAAGCUUCAGCUGCAGCAGCAGCAGCAGCAGCAGCAGCAGCAGCAGAUUCCCUGCGUGAGGAGGGAGUUGGGUCUUCUUCGGAUCCAGUGGAAGGUGUGGGGUCGGGAUCGUCUGCCCCGGGAUCGGGAUCGGGAUCGGGAUCGGAUCCCGUGUCUGUUUCUCUGUCAUCAAGAGAGGCCUCAGCUAUGACUGAUAGCAUCUCUACUCGCUGCCCCACAGAUGAUAUUUCUACAGACCCUCUUAGCUUUGCUCUUUUAGGGGGAGGUGCAGCAGCAGCAGCUGCUGCUGCUGCUGCUGCAGACAGACGCAAGGAGACCGCCUCCCGCUGCCAGCCCCCAGCAGCAGCAGCUGCAGCAGCAGCAGGAGCAGCUGCAGCAGCAGCAGCAGCAGGGACUGGGGGGGAGAGGGUCUCUACUGGGCUCAAAGUUAGCUGCGGAGACAGCGAAGCAGCAGAAGAAGACAGCAGCAAGACCCCUUCGUUGAAGUCGCUGCAGCAGCUUACGAACGGCUUAGAAGUGCUGCUGCGGGGGGUGCAGCAGGUGCAGCAGCAAAUUCAAGAAGCACAAAGAAAUAUUGUUUGGGUAUUAGGAGGUGCUGCAGAUGUCUUCCUUCACAAAACAAGACAGACAGAUGUAGCAGCAGCACCCUUGGCUUUGUCUGCCCCUGCUGCUGCUCCUAGUGCUGCUGCUGCUGCAGCAGCAGCAGGGACUCAGCAGCAACUCGCUGAUGCUUCUUUGCUGCUGCAGCAAGGAGACAGCCCUGCUGCUUGUCUUACAGGAGCAGAAGACGACUUAAGUGCGUCUCCUUCUCUUCUGUCUUUCUUAGAGCUGCUCUCCCAGCCAGCAGCAGGAACAACUGCAGCAGCAGCAGGAGCAACUGCAGCAGCAGGAUUAACAGCAGCAGCAGGAGUAACAGCAGCAGCACAAACUGCAAAAGCACUCAGGCAGCUGUCUUCCUGGGGGGUUGAUGAAGCCGCAUGCAGCUCUCACGGAGACAGCCCUGCUCUAGCAGCAGCAGCAACAGCAGCAGCAGCAGCAACAACAAGCACAGCAGGUACUACGACAGAUUGGCGUUCUUCAUUGCCGCUGCUGACCCACGCCCAGCAGCAGCAGCAGCAACAGCAGCAGCAGCAGCAGCAGCUGGCAUUAGGUUGCGAGAGCGACUGUUAUUCUUUGCUGCCAGCAGCUGCUGAUGAAUCUCCUUGUUUGCCCCGUAAGCGAUCUAAGCUGUCGAGCAGCAGCAACAACAGCAGCAGCAGCAGCAACAACAGCAACAGCAACAACAACAACAACAACAGCAGCAGCAGCAGCAGCAGCAACAGCAGCAGCUGCGGCUGCUUCUCAAAUGCUAGCUGCAACCCCGCACCUAUGCCGGGCGUCCGAUUCGCUAAAGACAGAAACAGCUGGGUAGCGUUCUGGUGCGAGAACGGGAGACAAAAUUAUAAGUCUUUCAGCAAUAAAAAAUUCGGGGCCGAAGCAGCAAGACUGAUGGCUAUAGCUGCUAGACAAUCCUUCGAUGAGAGGUGCAGCAGCAGCGGCAGCAGCAAAAACAGCAACAGCGCUGCUACCGCAGCAGCAGCAGCAGCUGCUGCUGCUGCAGCAGCUGCUGCUGCUGCUGCAGGGGCUGGUGGCAGCAACAACAGCAGCUCAAAUACCCCACAUUCAUCUGCUAAUAACCUUAACUCUCGUGCAGAUGCUCUCGCAGCAGCAGCAGCAGCAGCAGCUGCAGCAGGAUCGUCUCAAGAUGGUGUAUCAUCUUUAUCUCGAACGUUUCUGAAUGCGAAGCUGCAUCAGCAGCAUCAUCAUCAUCAGCAGCAGCAGCAGCACGGUAUAGGCAGAGGUAUGGGUUGUUUAGAAGGAGGAGGAGGAGGAGAAGAGAGCGGAGCAGGGCAGGAAGCAUCGCUGUCUCGAUUAGAGAUGCAGCAGCUUGCUGCAGCACUUCGUAAUCCUAAGGGGGUCUGCUAUGCACCCAGCAACAACACCUGGAUGGCCUAUGGGAGCUUAGGCUCAGGAGCAAGGAUGUGUAGAUCUUUUCCUGUCUCUAAGUUCGGCUUCUAUGGGGCAAGGAGACUAGCAAUUAAAGCUGUUAGUCAAUAUCAGCAAAAGCAGCAGCAGCAGCAGCAGCAGCAGCAGCAACAGCAGCAGCAGCAGCAGCAAGGGGCUGCUGUGGGAGGAAGUGCAGGGCUAGGAGCUGCUGAAACCAUCCAUGCAACUGCUACAGUUAGAGGAGCUCUUGUUCCUGUACGUCAAGUAUUAAGCAGCAGCAGCAGCAGCAGCAACAGCAGCAGCAGCUGCUGCUGCAGCAGCACUGGAUUCGCAGCAAAUGGAGGGGCUUCUCUUAAACGCAGAAGAGCAGCAGCAAAAGAACUCCGGCUGGGGCUGCAUGCAGACAGCAGCAGCUCUCGCCCAAAAGCUGAAGCAACAGAAACUAGCAGCAAGGAAAUGCUCGCUGCUGCUCCUGCUGCUGCUGCUCCCCCUCCUGCUGCUCCUGCUGCUGCUGCUGCGCCUGCUGCUCCUGCUGCUGCUCCUGCUGCAGCAGCAGCAAAGGAAGAGGAAGAUUCGUUCAGCAGCAGCAAACCCGGCAGCAGCAAAGAGACAGACAGCCUUCUAGAGUCUCCGAACAAAGACAGCAGCAGCAACAGCAGCAACAGCAGCAACAGCAGCACCAGCACCGGCAGCACCAGCACUAGCAGCAGCAGCAGCAACAACAACAGCAGCAGCAACAGCAACAGCAAGGAGCAGGACUUGCUGCUGUCUAUGGUAUCUCCUGCUGCUCUACCUAAGCUUAGCAACGAAGACGCAGCGACCCCACAAGAGCUGAGCUGUACAGACAGCGCAGCCGUUAAAGAGAGUAUUGAAGAAACUGUGUAG